UUAAGUGAAGAGUGAACUCUGUCACUUUCUGAGAUAAAGGCAAAAUAAUCACAAAUGGUGCACUGUAAAUAAUUAAAAUGGAUGAUAGAGUUAAAAAUACAAGCAUUCAAGAGAUUUUCCACAAGAUGGAUUAUGGGGAAAGCUACGAAAAAGUGGAUGAGGCUAUUGAGUGGAUAAAGAAUAAGGAGAGCUCAUUUUUUGCUAACAUAGAAAAAAGCACUGAAUCUGUAAAUGGAACGAAGGUGGAAUUAAAAAACCGUAUUAACGAAGAAAUGCUUUGUGCACAAUAUGUUCCAGAGGCAGAAACAGUAAAGAAAAUUCUAUCAAAAAGCAAUGGCAAAGUCAAGUGGAUCGACAUUAGUGCAUUUCAAAGAACAACAUUGUUAAAUAAGUUAGCAGCGGAGAUAGAAAAAAGUGCAGGCGUGCUAUCUCAACUAGAAAUUGUCUGCCGAGGAAUUUUGGGCAGAGAUACAAGAAGUAACGCAAUACUGCUUUUAGCUCAGUAUUUUUACUACUAUUCGAAUUUUGCUAUGAAGUACGGUCAUGAAAACCCCAAUUGGAAACCUGAAGGUGUAGCUGUUGGGGUAAUUUCGAAUGAAAACGUGUUAUCAAAUCUGGGGCUAAUUUUAGCUCCUGCGUUAGCUUCUGGAUACAAUGUGGUUUUACAAGUAGGCACCGCUCUGUUUCCUACAGUAGCUUUCAUAAUCGAACUCGCAAAAAAAGUAGGAAUACCUGAACAAGUUAUAAGACUAAUACCGUCUGACGACGGAGACCUCCAGCCAUAUUUAAGUAGCGAAAAUGUGUCCCUGCUUGCCUUGCUUGUAGACUUGAAUAACGAAAAGUACGUGGGAAGCAACAUUUUGAACAAGAAAAUUUUGAACUUAUCUUCCAACAAAAUACCUGUAAUUAUUUUUGAUAACGCUGAUUUGGACUCUGCCUGUACGAGUAUUAUAGAUGCUGCGUGGGGAUAUCAGGGUUUGUUGCCUUGGUCAGUUAAUACUAUAAUAGUCCAAGAAAAUGUUGUUGACAAAUUCUUAAGUAAAUUGAAGACAGAAAUACACGCGACAAAGGUUGGCCUAGGUAACAAUAAAUUGGUUGAUAUUUCCUCCACCGGCGAGUCGUCUUUCAACAAACUCGACAAACUAAUCAAAUCGGCUAAGGAUCAAGGAAUAGAAGUGUUUCAAGCCACUGAAAACUUGAAGUCUUUCACUCCUACAUUGUUCGUGGGCGGGAAAGUUAGCACAAAUAGAGUUCUUAGUGCUGACGAAGACCAAGACGCGAACGUGGUUACAGUCAUCGCUUUCAGAUCGAUCGAUGAAGCUGUGAACUUGGCUAAUAAUUCCAGGCAGGGACUUGCGGCUUCCGUUUGGACGGAAAACGUAGGGAUCGUAAACGAAGUCGCUAAAAAAUUAAGAGUAAAUAACGUGUGGAUUAACAGCCACGGGUUAACCGCACCAGAAAUUGCUUUGUGUCCUGUGAAAGACAGCGGUACGGGGUAUUUCGGAGGUAAAGAGGGGUUCUACGAAUAUGUACAAGUGAAGAAAACCACGGAUUCGCCCACCACCUCGAACGCACCAACGAAAAUUAGCAGUUCCCAGGCCAGUUUUGUAAGUUUCGCUAAAAAAUCGCAAGAGAACUGGUCGAGGCUGUCGAAACUCAACAAGUCGAAGAUAUUUCAAAAGUUCGCCGAGUACGUAGAGUCCAAUAAAAAGGAAUUAGGUGCUUCGAUGACGAGCGUAUUCUUGGACGAGUGGAUCGCGGAAAUUUUCCAAUGCGUAACGGAAACGAACAACAGUAACACCACAACUCAGGCAGAUUACAACGUAGUGUCCGCUCGUGAGCCACGCGGCGUCAUUGCUAUCGAAAACGAGGUGGAAUACGAGUUGAAAAAUAUCCGAUUGAUUCUAACGGCUCUGUUCGAGGGCAACGCCGUCAUUCUCCUCACCAACUCCACGAAUUCCUUGACGUUGUACAACGAGCUAAGCACGAGGUUGCCGACAGCCGUCUUCACGGUUUUAAGUUAUAACUUGAACAACAUUCAAAUUAUAUCUGCGCAUAAAGAGCUGGGGGCAUAUUUCGGUGAAGGGGUUAAUGCCGUUUACAGCGCUCUACCUCUGAGAGAUUCUAAGAUUUAUACGAAUGUAAGCAAUAACUGGAACGAUGUUUAUAGGAAAGUAACGUUUUCAAAAAACGUCUGGUCAAACAUCGGGAAAUCGAGCACUUGCAAUUUGUCUACUUAUUGAUUUUUGUUGAUGAUAUUUUGUAUGUUACCGAAAAUAAAUGUUAUAUUUCUAA